CUCUCUCUCUGUGUCUCUCUCUCUAUAUAUAAUAAUAUCCUAAUAAAUGCUUGAAAUGACGGAGACGACUCUCUUUCUCUCCCUCCUGUGUCUUUCGUUUCUUCUGUAAAUGUACAAAUCGUAUAACGAUCUCAUCCUGGUGUAAUUAUAUCUCUCUCAUCCUUUUCCUUGGCCGUCGCCUUGUGUUUCUCCAUGUUCUUCUGACCAAAUUUGUAAGAAAAACACACCUCGGUCGGGUUUCAGGCUUCAAUCUUUUGCUGAAUUUUCCAGCGAGCUAGUUUUCGUUAUUUUUGGGUUUGAUCUACUGGGUAGGAAAGAUUUGAGUUUCUCUUUUCCUUUUGUGUUUGUAGGAAUCGAAAUUAAAAAAAAAAAAAGUUCUCGCUUUGCCCUAUACAGAAAUGCGCUUGAGUGGGGUUUGAUCCUUAUUUCUGAUUGAUUUACCUGAUAUUUAUGUUUGUUUGAGCAAUUCACCGGUCGCAAAACCAUUUAGGCUGUUUUUUCAUGUAAUUUGUGUAAAGGGCAUAACAUUUUCUUACAGAUCUGUUUUUUUGUCUUCGUCGUGAGUAACAUUUUCAAGCUUUUGGCCAUAGUUAUUAUUUGAAUAGAAUCGAAAAAAAAAAAAACAAAAGUUAGAGCAAACUGCUGUGGAUUCUGUCAUUAUUAUAUGUCCUACUGCCCGUACUCUUUCUACAUGGCCCGUGUUCAGAAAAAGGGUAGUUAAAAAUUUGCGUGCUUUUGUGGAUGAGAAGUUUACUUUUGUAUAACUCAUCGGAAGAGAAGUCUGAAUUUCGCCCACUUGGAGGGCUGUAUUUAUAGAUAAAUUGGGCCAAAUUCAUAGUGCUGUUGUGUUGAUAUAUCAUUUUCUAGAAAAUCCAAGACAUGCUGUGGAAAGGUUCAAGUGUUUGAAUUCAUUCAUUGAGUGAUCUUUCUGUGUACAUAGCAAGAUCAUUGAGAGGGUAUUUGUAUAGUCUUUCGUGACGGAUCCAAGCACAGAAAACAGUGGGUGUGAUUGUGUGGCUGCUCUGGAGUGCCUACUGAAUAUAAUCAGGGCCCUGAGAAUGGGUUCCUGUCUAUCAAGCGAGAGCCGGAGCCCUGGGCCCGGGUCUCCAGCGAGUCUUAGAAGAAGAAAGAGCUCGAAAAGGAAGUUUGGGUCUCAAAGUUCAUUUGAGUAUAGGUGGGAGGAAAGACUGCAUAGGACCCCUGGUCGGAUGUUCUUGAAUGGUUCGAGCGAGAUUGCUUCACUCUUUACGCAACAGGGCAAGAAAGGGACUAAUCAAGAUGCCAUGGUUGUUUGGGAGAACUUUGCUUCAAAAACAGACACUGUCUUCUGUGGGAUUUUCGACGGCCAUGGUCCUUAUGGUCAUUUGGUUGCAAAGCGAGUAAGAGAUUCUCUUCCCUUGAAGCUGAGCUCAUACUGGGAAGUCAACAUUAAGAGUGACGAGGUUCUUAGGGAUGUCAGUUUGAACACUACUAAUAGUUUAUGUUCAGAAGGAACUUCCUUUGUAUCUGCUGAUGAGGAAGCUAGUCGAGCUUCAACUGAUGUAGAAGAAAACAAAAAGCUGCCAGAGAUUUUUGAAACCCUGAAAGAGUCGUUCCUGAAGGCCUUUAAGGUCAUGGACAGGGAGUUGAGAAUCCAUUCGAAUAUCGACUGCUUCUGUAGUGGAACAACAGCUGUUACUCUGGUGAAACAGGGCCAAGAUAUUGUAAUUGGAAAUGUUGGGGACUCGAGGGCUGUAUUAGGUACAAGAGAUGAGAACAAUUUACUUACUGCAGUCCAGUUGACUGUGGAUCUCAAACCUAAUCUUCCAGCGGAAGCAGAGAGGAUUCGCAAAUGUAAAGGACGCGUUUUUUCUCUUCGUGAUGAACCUGAUGUUGCAAGAGUGUGGCUGCCUAAUAAUGACUCUCCUGGCCUUGCUAUGGCCCGUGCAUUUGGUGAUUUUUGUCUGAAGGACUUUGGUGUAAUCUCCGUGCCUGAAAUUUCCUAUAGACGCAUCACCGAUAAGGAUGAGUUUGUCGUCCUAGCCACAGAUGGGAUUUGGGAUGUACUCUCAAAUAAGGAAGUGGUUGAAAUCGUGGGCUCUUGCCCUACACGUUCACAUGCCGCUCGAUCCCUUGUCGAGACGGCUGUUAAGGCAUGGAAGUCCAAGUAUCCGACUUCUAAAGUCGAUGACUGUGCAGCCGUUUGCCUUUUUCUGGAAUCAAAUGAGACUAAUUACACUCCCACCAAAACCAAAGACAAUAAUAGCCCUUCGCUUGAUGAGAACGAUGAUGCCAAACCUAAAUACGAUAUUCCCAAAUCAAAACACUCGGGCAUGGAUAAUAAAACUGACGAUGAGAUUGUUGGAGAAGAGGAUGAAGUUUCGGAAGCUCAAGAUGAAUAUGUCGAUGCUAACGGUGUGAACGCUGAAAAUGGUACAAAUUGGUCUGCUCUUGAAGGAGUUUCACGCGUGAACACACUCAUGAACCUGCCGAGGUUUUCACCUGGGAAGGAGUAUAAGAAUGCAGCUGGAGAAAGAAAAACCAGAAAAUAGAUGCCACACAUGGUUUGUGUUUUCUGUGUACUGAUUUUUCAUUCUUUUGGCGAGAACAAGGGAAGAAAGGGUCUACUAUUUUUAUGUUUAUUUAUUGUUGUUUGGAGAGGUUAGCCAGGCUAAUAUUAGAUUGUCUGGAGAUCCUUUAUCUUUGUCUGUGGCAUGGAUAGAAUUGGAGUUUUGUACUAUCCAACUCUCCCUCUUUUUUUGUUUCUUUUCUUUCAUUUUCUCCUUUUUUUUUUGGUUGUUGUUGGUUUGUCUGGAUAAGUUGUGUGUCUGUAAAUCUCCUUAACAUAUUUAAUAUAUUCUAUGCUGAUUGUUAAUGAGGUUAGGCAGCUUGUUUCUGUAGAACUGGUCAGUUGGCUGGGAGUCCUUUGUAGCAAUCUUCUUUCCAUUUUAUUUACUGGUAUAGAUUUAUUUUUUCUUUUCUUGAUUA